AUCGUUUCUAAAGUUUUAAUAUGGGUUUCCUUACGAGAGACUGCUCCAGAUAUUUCUUAGCCCUUUCUACAUAUUUACAUUCUCUCUUCUAUCUAGAGUUCUAAAACCGUAGUAAAGGAAAAUAGCGGCUCGUUUCUCGUUUACUGGAAAGGAAACAAAAACAACGCAGUAGUCUCACACGCAUUGCAUUGCAUUGCAUUCCUCACUCUUAUUACUUCCACAAUAUUGUUCCGUCAAAUCAGGCAGUAAUAAUUGUCGAUGCAUUAAUUUCGUCGAGAUCAGUUGGAAAUGCAAACUUGAAGCUAUUGACACAACAAUUUGUGAGUGUGUGUAUGUAUCGUUAUUUGAUAACAAAUGUUUUAAUUGUGCUGCGGUAUUGUUUAAUUUAAAAUAGUUUUUUUUAUCGUGAUCAUCAUCAUCAACAACUCGUAUCCAGUUGCAAGAGAUCAUCUACCAGACACACACACGGAGGAUGAGCGUAACUGCGUCGUUAUAUCUUACUCAUCAUCAGAGCAAUGUUAAACUUUGGAACUCAGGACAUUGAAACAUUUGCCAUUGAACGACUAUCACCCGUAUCGCAGAUAUCCCACUACAGUAACAUACAACCGAAAGCAUAUACUUUGUAAUAUUAAUAUAACAGGGACAUCACCACUAAAUAACUACUUGGCAAUUAUUGUAAUGAACCAACUCAUUCAGUAAGGCCGAUACGACUAAUACUACGACCAGGACAGACAAAUACAUAAACAAUACAACUUUACAAGUUACACACAGAUAGACCAGUUUUCCUGUAUUGAGCUUUGAACAUACAUAUUUAAACAAACCCAGCAUAGGCAAAAAAUACAAACAAUAUUUGCCAACCAACCAGCUCGCAGAGAGAUUUUAACCCUGCUACAGAGACAUUAAAUGUUUGUAGACAGCGAUUACGAGAUUACGACACGACCAUAACCGCUGCUGGGAAGAAACUAUAUUUUUAUUCUGAAAUAUUUCUGGAUCAAGCAAUUCUUAUUCCGUCCACAGUGGGUGUGUAGUCAUAAAUAUGUAGAGAACAAAUUUCCGUCAAGACAAUUCAGGCUCCGUACACCAAAUUUACUGGAAGACUUACUGAUAACUGAAAAGGAAAGCGUGGAAGGAUAACUAUAAUAAAACUGAGCCGUCGUCUUCGUAAAAGAAAAUGUAAACUAAUCUUAAGUGAGAGAGGAGUGUCCAACGCUGCUCCAAUAAAAGCAAGACUUGGUUGGUGAGGGCAGUAUGGGUGGGUUGUAUUAAAUAGAUGAGUUGUUGUUGAUAACCAAUAUUUGUGGACUCUCUCCUUUCUACAGCAAUUAAUUAAUGCAGUGACAAAGUGCCAUCAUUCAUCUCGUUAUUAUUAAGAGCUCUGCACUAUUUAAGACGCAGAGUGACACGUUCGAGGUUUAGUUAGCUCGCAAUCAUACUCGUGACAGUUAUUUUCUGACAAAGGGAAAGUCGUCCUGUUUGUGACAUGUUUUGAAGAAAAGUUUGUUGUGCGUCUAAAUUUACGUACUCAUCAACCACGAUACUUGUGACUUCAUAAUACAAAAACAACAACAACAGCCCAAUAGAGUCGCAAAGAAAGCCGGUGACAUAAGACGAGCCCCCAAUUUCAUCAGUCAGGUCCAGAUACUGCGAUUGGGAUUCUCUCAUUCAUAUAUUAUUUGUUACAAUAAAUUAAUUAUUGUAGUCUGAUCUUCCUGCCUCUUCCACCUAUUACUUUUGAAUUACCUCCAAUUAAGCUGUUUAUUUCACUGCUGCUAAUUUUCACACUCGUAAAUCAUCUGAAUUAAACAUUUUUCAUCUCUCUUUGUUGUCUCGUAAGAACUCAAGCUCUGAGCGGACUUUCUAUGACAUUGUGUACAUCUUCCUUCUCUGUUCAUAAUAAUCUGCAGUCUUGUGAAGCUAAAAGCUGUACAAAUUUCACUGUGCUUAUCUCGUCAGUAGUUGAAGUUAAGAUAAUUUGAAAUCGACACGAACCUGUUCUUUGAGGUUUGGACUCCUCAACCUGUUGGAUUAUGUCUCAAAGGGAUACUUUCAUUCAUCUUAUAGCCGGAGGAAUCGCUGGGACCGCUGGGGCCGUGGUGACCUGUCCAUUAGAAGUGGUCAAGACUCGUCUCCAGUCUUCCAACCCUGUUUUCGGCAACCCAAACACACCCGGUGGUGCCGUUUUUGUAAAUGGACCUCCCCGAGGAAGAAGUAGCAGUCUCCCCUCCCACAACCAACACCGCCAUCAUCUUCAUACCCUCAGUGCGGACAGAAGUCACAUAAGAUCUUCCACGAAAAGGCUGAUCUCCACAUGUGUCAACUGUGGACGAAAUUCACAUAUUCUCGCCGUCGCAAGAUCCAUUCCUCCAAAUCCGGUGCCCACUAGCAGCAGUGGCAGCAGCACCGUUCCAAAGCAGCUUGGCCUUGUGCAGUGUCUUCGACUUAUUAUUGAAAAAGAAGGACCAAGGGCCUUGUUCAAGGGUCUUGGACCGAAUAUCGUGGGGGUGGCGCCUUCCCGAGCCAUCUACUUCUGCUCUUACUCACAGUCUAAGAAAACCCUCAAUCAGAUUUUCCCACCCGACUCGCCAAUUGUUCAUAUUUUCUCUGCAGCAACUGCCGGAUUCGUUUCAUGCACGGCAACGAACCCGGUUUGGUUUGUAAAAACGCGAUUGCAAUUGGAUCAUAAUCGCCAACAGUCAAUUAGCGAGACAAUACGUAAAAUUUACAAACAGGGAGGAAUACUCGGGUUCUAUAAAGGAAUCACUGCAUCUUACAUGGGCAUUUCUGAAACGGUUAUUCAUUUUGUAAUUUACGAAGCUGUGAAGAAAAGGCUGAACCAAUGGUCCAGGUCCAAUGAGACUUUGGCAGAUGCUGAGAGAAAUCCGGAUGAGAAAACUAGCAAAGACUUUUUUCAAUUUAUGGCCGCUGGAGCAAUUUCGAAGACUGUAGCUUCAGUUGUCGCAUAUCCACACGAAGUCGCAAGAACACGUCUUAGAGAAGAAGGUUCCAAAUAUAAAAGUUUCUGGCAGACCUUGUCCCUUACCAGACAAGAGGAAGGAUACAGAGGAUUGUACCGUGGAUUAAUGACCCAGCUUAUUCGCCAGAUCCCGAACACUGCAAUUAUGAUGAGCACGUACGAAGCCACCGUCUACCUCUUUACCAAAUACCUCCCAUCAAAUUCUGACUCGUCGAAUAUUGUCAGCAAUGUUGAUCUCAUCAACAAUGAUGAUGGGUGUUGCGAUGUUACGUUUGAGGUGGACACAGUCACACACGAACGACAUUAGUGUUAUCAAUAAGACUGGCGUUAUCUUACUUUUACAAUAAAAUUCGGCUGCAAACAAUCCCGGUUGUACUGUGUCGUCUAUGAAUAGGAAUUCAACUACAGUAGACAAAUUAUGGUGCACAUACUACUUAUUCGAAGACUGAAAGUGCUAAUUAGUGUUGAAUGAAGCUAUUUUAACAGUUUCCUAAUACUUGAGGAUAAAUUAGCAGCAGUUUUACAUUUGAUUGUAGAAGUAGACUUAACUAUUUUAUACUGUUUGUCGUCUUCUAUAUGCCGAACACGAACGCACGAUUGUAAUGCAUGCAUAUUUGGAUGACUGACUGAGAUUAUUUUACAUAUAUGUAGCAAUUUGCAAAGCUAAGAAAACUUUUUCAUACAAUUGUGCAUAUAAAGGUUGGAAGUACAUAGAUUUUCCAUCAACAAAUUUCAUUUUUUAAUAAAAAACCGUGUACCUUCAGUGCACAAUUGUACACACAAAUUUUCUUACAUACAAUUACAUGUACGUAUUUAGAUAUGAAACGUUUUUAUUUAGAGCAUGAUAUAAUUGUAUGUUAUAACCUACAUAUCUGUAUAUAUAUUUAUGCAUACAGCUUAAUCGUUUACUCUGUAGAGCAGCGACUCGACUUUUCCAUUUACACAAAUAGUUGAAGUUCUAGAUUUUGUAUAUAUAGAUUUUAUGAAAAAUUCAUGCAAAGCUUCGUAACUAAUUUGCAUGGAACACACACAUAAUCUUUAAUAUUUAGUUUGGAAAGCCUUGCUGAAGAACUGACUGGUAUUUUAUUCUAAAGUAUUCUUUAGUUUGUAUCCUAUUUUUAUUUCAUCUCCACUCGCCGGAAGAAUAUAUAUGUGAUUGAUUAUGCGGCAUCACUGACCAUCUCGCUGGAAUUAUCUAGUCAAAAAAGGAUGGUGGUGUGUGGUGUGGAGAAAGCUCAUCCAAGCUACAAGUACCAGUUGUGGUGUGGUUACUAUUUAUUCAUCACCAUUAUCAUUAUUAUUACUAAAUCACCAUCAAAAAUAAGCAAUCGCUGUUACGUACGAUGAACUAUAUACAUACGUUAAAACGUAAAUAUGUAUGCCGUUAACAAGGCACCCUGCAAACUUGUUGAGAUUGUUUUGUCAAUAAUAUAUCAAAAUCAACGUAAAAUCGAAAAUAGUAGCUCAAGCGAGUAAAUAUUCUUUAUACAUAGAAAAUAUCACUAUAAUAUAAUAGACCGUUAUUUGAUAAAUGAGUAAUGAUGUUACUAAAAUGAAACUUAUGAAAGAGGAAAUAAAACAAAAUGACAUGAAAAUUA